GGUCUUCCAGGCAACGAGUAGGGUAAAAUGGCCCAAAAUGAUGGGAUUGGGGGAAGGGACGAUGAUUGGAUGUACUUCAAAAUACACAUUUGACAUGUCUUUCUUUUGUCUUCUGCAGAAUGCAAUUUAUAGUAAAGUACUCAUUCGAAUACUUCUUGAAAAUUACUUGAGACUUUUCAAAUUGAAUUUAUUUCCUAGAUAAAUCUUAUCGCAGUAAUUGAAAUUAGAUGUAAGUGUGACGAAGUAAAUUAUGAGAUAAUCGAUUAACAUUUUGAAAAACCAAUUCCUUCAUACUAAGAACUAUUUCAAGCAUUUCUACCAUUAGAGUAGAAGAUUAAACUGGCCACACAUUCCAAUAUUUUUGAAUUUGACUUUUGACUUAACUUUGACACUUGAUAGGAAAGUUUGAUUGAAUUGAAGUGACAAUAAUGUUGUUGAUGUGAAUCGCCGGUAAAAUUGAAUUACAAUGCUAUUAACAAGGAACUGAACAAUAAAAAACAAAGGGAAUUAACAAUGAAAACUGCAUUAAAUACUGUAGAAAUAUACACUUGUUUUUGUGUAUGGACAAGUGCAAAUUUAUAUUCUUUGUUUAAGUUAAUCGAGGCUCAAUCAGAAGUAAUUAAAGGGACUAGCGGAGGUAUACUUACAAUCAGAGAUCUCCGACCAGGUUGGAGUUUUAUUCAAAGACACAGAGAUGUCUCAGAUGUUGAAUGGAAUAGCUGGAAAUAUUUUAUUUAUUCGUCAUUGGGUUACAUGAUGUUCCAGUUUAUUAUAUCGGAAGUAAUACGUAGAUUAUCAUUACCCAUGUUAAAAUACUGGUACAUUCUGUCAAGUACAAUAUUCAUUGUUUAUAAAAUGGGAGUCCGACAAAUGGUUGUAGUUUUAAUACAACCAAUAUUAUAUGGUGCUAUAAUAUAUAUAGGGGGUAAUAAACAAUGCAUUUGGUUCAUCAGUUUAUUGCUUCUUGGAGGUUACAAUUCCUUAAAGUAUAAACAAUUUUUUUGGAAUUACCUGGAACAUGAGGAAAUACAAGAUGAAGAAAUUUACCUCAUAUUAUUUAGUGUGGCAUGGAUUGAAUUGAGAUGCAUUAGUUAUUGUAUAGAUUAUAUAGAGAGGAGAGACAAGGAUGAGAUAUAUAGAAUCUCCUUUUGGUAUGACAUAAUAAAUAUGUUAAGUUACAUAUUAUAUUUACCACUUUUGUACACGGGACCUGUUAUACUUUAUGCAGAAUUUGAAAAGAGUCUAAACAUCAAGGGUGGACCUCUAUGGUUAAGACUGAAACAAUUUUUUUGUGAUAUGCUUGUAUACAAACUGUAUACAUUUAUUUUAGAUUUUGCAUUACAUUAUAUUUAUUUUUUUGCUAUGCAAGACAAUAUGGAGUUGAUUAGGAAAUUGCCAACCAUAGCUUUAUGUGGCGGAGGACUUUGGAUGGGUUUAGAAUUUCAUAUGAAAUAUGUAAUAUCAUAUGGAACCACUACAGCAUUUGCAAAGCUUGACAAUAUAGAAACUCCUCCAAUGCCAAGGUGUAUUGUAAGAGUUCAUAUCUAUUCACAAAUGUGGAGAUACUUUGAUGUUGGACUUUAUCGCUUCCUAGUAAAAUACAUUUACAAGCCUGGGCUCGCUAUAAUUUCAAAAUCAAUAAAACUACCAAAAAUAGUGUAUAAACUGCUUGCCUCACUUGCCACUUUUGUGUUUAUAUUUAUGUGGCAUGGGACAAUCCAGCAUAUAUUUGUUUGGUCAAUAUUAAAUUAUAUAGGUAUUACAUUAGAACAUAUAGGUAAAGAAUUGUCAAAACAUGAAAAGUACAACUGGUUUAAGACAAAUGUAUUAAAGACUGAGAAAAUGGAGGCAUGCCUUAUUGCACUAUUAUGUACUCCAUUGUUAGCACUGUCUGCUAUAUCUAAUUUCUAUUUAUUCGCUGGAUCUGAUGUUGGGGAUUUAUUUUUUGAAUGUUUUUUACAUCCAUCAUUGUGGAAUUCUUUACUGAUUUGUAUAUCAUUAUACUGUUGUUGUCAUGUUUCUAUGGCGUUGGUUGACAUGCCAUCUAGAAGCGGCAGAAAAACUGUUAAAACAUAUGACAGUUGUUUAUAUUAGUAUUUUUUACUUCUAUUGGAUAUGACGUAAUUAUUAAUAGUUCCUUUUUAUUUUUAUCAUUGCAUUUGAAGUACAUACUAUUAAAUUAAGGUUGUGUUGCUUUACGCUUUUAUUGCCUUUAUAAUUUAUUUUGUAUACAAUAAAGUUAUUCUUUAUUUUAA